CGCACAAACAGGCAGUGUAGUCGACCACCGAUACUCCCCGAUAGACAGCGGGGGCCAGCCUACAGCUACCUGUCCGGAGGCUUGCUGACAGGCUCACAAGUCCCACAUUUGUUUGCUCGGACAGUUUUUUUUUUUUUUUUUGAACCACUGGACCCUAUGGCUGGCAGCGAGGAUAUCUUUCUCAGGGCUAAACACCGGACAUUCAGCGGACUGACUGAAGAUGCAGAGUGUGAGUGGACGGGACCAUUUUGCUUCAUCCAGGCUGCAGACCCCCAGCUGGGGCUGAUGAAGGCCUGGAAGGACGGCGACUGCGAUGGUGGAGGGGAGGAAUGGGCCGAGGAGGUGGAGCUCACCAAGCAGGCUGUGGAGGCCGUAAACCACCUCAGACCCAGGCCGAGGUUCAUGGUGCUGUGUGGCGACCUGGUCCAUGCCAUGCCAGACACUCCAUUCAGGCAAGGUCAGGAGCAAGACCUGAAGUCAGCCUUGAAGGGGACAGAUCCCUCCAUCCCACUGGUAUUUGUCAGCGGGAACCAUGAUCUGGGCAACACUCCCACCCCCAGGACAGUGGAGCAGUAUUGCAGCGCUUGGGGGAAUGACUAUUUCAGUUUCUGGGUGGGUGGAGUCUUCUGCCUGGUUCUGAACUCCCAAUUGUUCUAUGAUGCCUCGGCCUGCCCUCAGCUGAAGGAGGCCCAGGAGACGUGGCUGGAGGAGCAGCUGAGCAGAGCCUCCUCCUCAACGGAAACCAAACCCAAACACGUCCUGGUGUUCCAGCACAUUCCUCUGUACCUAAAGACCCCCGAUGAGGAGGAUGACUACUUCAACCUGCAAAGGGGAGUCAGACAAAACCUGCUGGACAGGUUCAAGAAGGCAGGGGUGAAAACGGUCUUCUCCGGCCAUUAUCACCGAAACGCCGGCGGUUGCCACGGCGGCCUGGACAUGGUGGUGAGCUCGGCCAUCGGUUGCCAACUCGGCGAGGACACCCACGGCCUGAGGGUGGUGGUAGUGACUGCUGACGAUGUCAUCCAUCGCUACUACAGCCUGGAGCAGCUGAGAGCGCGAGGCAUGGACGAGGAACUCAGGAAGCUCCUGCAGGCCUGAGGGCCAAUGGAGGGAAAAUCAGGGAAAUGUAUUUUUUUGAUUACACAGUUUUGAGCCCCUGUUCUGCCAAUCAAGAGUUAUAUGCUAAGAAAAAAAGUCUUGAACAAAUGCUAGGAUAUUAUUGAGGAUUUAAAUGUUUUUGCUUUUUAUUUUCAGUUCAAUAGGGGCAAUCUUAACCUCUACCCUUCAUUUUGAAAGAGUGCUUUCCCACAUUCAGUUUUUUUUUUUGGCCUGAAAUAAGAGAAUUAGGAAUGUCCUGAUCCGAUCUCAACGAUUGGUAUCGGCGCCGAUCAAGGCAUUUCUUAACUGAUUGGUAUCGGCUAUGUUGAGCUUUAAUGAUCCGAUCUUUUGUUUUACGUCAGCUGUCAUACAGCUGUUUACUUACAAAGCUUUCAUGCACGGUGCAGCCAUCUUCAACUCUUUGUUGCUGUUCCUCUUCCUCCACUCUGCUCUGUGUGAGAGAGCAGUAGAUAUCUGACACAAGCACACUCAACACGCCACUGCAGGUGCAACAAAAGUCCUGCGAACAAAAAACCAAUAAGAGUAACUAAUGAAUGUAAUCCGGGUAAAAGGUGUAGAGACGACGGAAAUAAACCCUCAGCAAAAUGCAGUUCAUUCAGGUAACUCAGGUAAAAGCUGCACUGAAGCACCAAACACUGGAGAGAGAAACUCCCUCCAGACAGCGACAAGAACAAGAAGAUUAAAGAGGGUUUGUUAUUUUAUACUAUAAUAUAGUAUAAAAAAAAAAAAAAAAAAACAACAAUCUAUGCAGGCAUUUUGUUUGUUAAUGCAAUGCAGAGCUAUUUAAUUGUCAGGCAUGUAGGCUACAUUGGAUUGAUUUGAAUCAUUUUAAUGUACUCGAAGUGUGCAUGAGCAAGUAUCGGAUCGGUACAGAUACUCAAUAUUAAAUGGACUUGGAUCGGAUCAGGGGCUAUUAUUGAUAAAAUUGAAAUUCAGUUUAUUUUCUCUCUCUUCUGAAUGUUUUCCUAGGAGCAUUUCUGCCCUAAAAGGGGUGCACAAAGAUCAUUCAGUGUUUUCUAAAACUAGUGGUUCUUUUGUGCAGAAGCACAACCAUUACCGCACAGUCCCCCUGUAUCAGAAGGAGACUGACACUCGGUCUGUCUGUCCAGUGUAAAUGUUAAGAGUUACGCUAUGGUAAAGGCAAAUGUCGUCGGUGUAACUUUAAAUGUAUACAAACUUUAAUGGUAUAGGAAGAUUCCACCUUAAACAUUGAAACCUCAUUCAAAGUAGCUCAAAAUAAUUGGUGUGGUUUCACUGUGCAUUUAGUAGUUUGGUGCUACAGUUUUCGUCCUGUUUUUGUACGUAAGCGUGUUCUUGAUAGGUACAGGGCUUGUGUGAUAAUUUCACAAGGAAUGUUCUUUAGGCUGUUGAAAAGCAUCAUGGGAAAUGUAGGAAACCACUUAGGUCCAGUUCUUUAUCCUAAAAUGAUUACAGGACUGCACAUAAAGACACAGGUUUAUGUUAUCUGACAGUGUGUGAGGAUAAAAGGGUGGAAUCCUUCUUUAGUUUUGCUAAAAUAUCCAGAUGUCAUAGCUAUUUCUAGUUUGCUGUUGUUGCUGUCUAAUGACUUGUUGGCCAUCCUAUGCAAGCUAUUCAAAUCACUAUAUUGUGUGUGAGUGUGUGUUUUUGUUUUAUGUUCAACGUGGUACAUUGUUGUCCCCUGGAAGAUGUGGAGCUAACUGCUGACCUCUGAUCAGACUUUGAGUUGUCUGUUUAUAGCCCUUUACACUGCCCUUACAGGCAAAAGAUGACUGUUCUGAGAAGCGUUUUUUACUGCUUAGCUAUUAUACUGUUUUACAUAUGUGUUUGAAUAUAUGUUGAGAGAUUAUACUUAAUCCAUAUUAAUUAUAGCAAAAGACAGUCUUGUUUUUGACAAACUGAUUUUAAAGUUAGACUCCUUAAGAACUAAGACUGAUUCACUGUAAUUGUAAAUGAUUGUCUUGUUUUGUAGACGCAUUUUUGAUGAAGAAUGUCGGCACUAACCUCCAUGGUAAUUUCCACUGCCUUUCCUGUAACUACUUACCAAUAAAAGCCAGUUAUACACUUUUAAUGUAACGCGGCAGCAGUAGGAAAUGUUUGGUUCGCAUUAGCAGCUUUGAUACAGAGCAAGGAGAGUAAACAGUGACGCUAGAUUACAUACAUGAUUUCAUGUGAAUCCUCUGUGCGUGUGGAGGGAAUUUGAAGCUAGUGCAUGAAUGGCGGACCCCGCCACUAACAAGGAAAACUAUUUUAUAAAAAGGUAAUUACAUAAUGUAGACACAUUGAAUGGCUAUUGCAGAAAAAAAGGACUUGAUAUAAUAAUAAUAAUAAUAUAAUAUAAUAUAAAAAAUGGGGUUCAAUGUCAUGAAAAAGAAUUCUAACUUAAAUAUGUUCUUCUAUUGUUAAGGAGUAUUGCAGCGCCUAUUUUCUGCCCAAAUCUAUUAAUCCUGCAUUACUCCAAUACAGAUAAAUUACUAAGGCGUGCAUGUUGCAAUAUCCAUUUGGUUUCUUCUAGUUACUUGUUUAUGAAAGCGUAGAUCAAACUGACUGGGUUUCCCUCACGGUAAUGUUUUUGUGAUGAAAAUAUUUCAUCAUUGGAUCAGAGUUUAAAUCAAAAUUUAUGAUGCAACACUUCACAUUUAAAUCACACCUAAUCGGUUUAAUCUGCUUGGGAUUCUUGCUGUGAACUCACACAGAAGUGCUCAGUGCAUAAAAUGAAUAAAGUGUUGGUGAUUAAUGGGAGGAGCACAGUAUUUCCUGACUGUUUAGUCAUAGCUGAAAUAACCUCACAGUGUCACAGCCUACUAGCUGCAGGCUUAUUUGGGAGCUCACAGUCCUGAAAUUGUCUUUAAAAUGGACAUUACUGCAACAAAAUGACUUUCUCUGUGAGCCCUAAAUGACUCUACUCGAUUACACUUUCCACACACACACACACACACACAGACUCUCACACUCGUCCUGACCGACUGGGAAUUUAAGAGAGUUGUCAUGGCAACCCUUUAGCAACACAUCUGUGUGUCUCGUAGAGAGACUGCAAGUGUUGGAGAGAAAGUGUAUGUACUCCCCGUUUGUGUGUGUGUCCGUCUGUGGUCUGGUGGGUACUGUAGGUGAUUUUCCAUCAGCGACGCGAUCACUGACCUCAUUUCACACCGACGGAUCCUGUCUCUUUUCCAAAAAGUCAGCAUGUGAUGGAGGGAGGAGGGGGCGUCUGAGAGGAAUGGAUAAUGAGCGUAAUGUGUAAAAGACGACUCAGUCCAUCUCCUUCAUUUCCUGUUUGAGAAGGAACCUUAUGUCCUUAUCUAUUUUUAUAUCCUCAUGGUAGCCGAGCUCAAUCACAUUGUUCUUUAUCUUUUUGUGUGUGUGUGUGUGUGAAUUUGAUUUAGAGGACAUUUGCUCUAUGAAUUGGGGAACAUCACAUGCUUUGACUUGUUCCUGUGUUGAAUUCUAAUGAAUGACCAUACCAAACAAUAUGACUGUGACAGUUAUUUUUUAUAAUAAAUGUUGAUUUGUAUCUAA